AUGGAUGGGCACGGCACGGCCAUCGUGGCAUGGAUGGGCACAGCCCAGAGACGCACGGCACGGCACGGCUAUCGCGGCUCGUUCAGACCUGUCGAGAAGCGCCGCGACAUGCGCUCCGCCGAACCGCUCAGAAAGGUGCAGGAGUUCGUGCCGGACCUGCACGCGCCGCCGCUGGACAAGCUCUGCUCCGUGUGCAAGGCCCUGGAGGGCUGGCUGCGGGCGCAGCCCCAGCACGUCGCCGUGCUGCACUGCAAGGGUGACAAGGGCAAGACGGGUGUCAUCGUGGCCGCCUACAUGCACUACAGCAAGAUCUCAGCCAGCGCCGACCAGGCCCUGGGCACCCUGACGAUGCGCAAGUUCUGCGAGGAGAAGGUGGCGGCGGCGCUGCAGCCCUCGCAGAGGAGGUACAUCAACUACUUCGGCGGGCUGCUCUCGGGGAGCAUCAAGAUGAACAGCAGCACCUUGUUCCUGCACCACGUCCUGGUGCCGUCCUGCCCCGCCUUCGAGCCCGGCGCCGGCUACCAGCCCUUCCUGAAGAUCUACCAGUCCAUGCAGCUCGUCUACACGUCGGGCGUCUACAGCACCUCCGGUGCCGGCACCCAGAGCCUCUGCAUCACCCUGGAGCCCGCCCUGCUGCUGAAGGGGGACGUGAUGGUGAAAUGCUACCACAAGCAGAGCCGCGGCCCCGACCGCGAUGUGGUUUUCCGGGUCCAGUUCCACACCUGCACCAUCCACGGCUCCCAGCUCUGGUUCGGCAAGGACGAGCUCGACGAGGCCUGGCAAGACGAGCGCUUCCCCUUCGACGCCGCCGUGGAGUUCGUCUUCUCCUCCGGCCCCGAGAAGAUCAGAGGCUGGGACGCCGUCCGCAACAGCCCGGCCGUCACCGUCGACUACGGCAUCUCGGACCCGGCCGUGCGCUGGGACUCCUACGAGGGCUUCAACGUGCGCCACGAGGACAGCCUGGAAGAGCUCUCGCACACCCGGGGGCCGCUGGACGGCAGCCCCUACGCCCGGGUGCAGAAGAAACGGGCGCCCGGUCCGUGGGGGGCCGCCGCCGCCGCCGCCGCCGCCCCCGCCCCGAGCCCGGCGCCCGGCAGCGGCCCCCCGGCGCCCGCCGAGCCGAGCCGCCCGCCGCCCACCGCCGCCGAGCGCCGCGACCUGGAGCUUUUGCUGGGCGGCUUCGGCGAGCCGCCCGCGCCCGAGGCCGGGCCCCCCGCGGGCUCCCCCGCCGCGGCGCCCCGCUGCUCCUGCCGCCCGGGCUACCUGCCCGCCGGCGCCGCUAGCCCCGAGGGCUCACGGCGGCGGCGCGCCGACGGCACCCUGGAGCGCCGGCGGCCCGGCGCGGGGUGCCCGGGCGGCGGCGAGAAGCGGCGGGCGCAGCGCUCGCUCUCGGAGGGUUUGCAGCCCCGCGGCACCGGGCGGGAAGCUCCGGGCUACCGGGCGCAGCCGGGUGGCUACCGGGAGGCGCCGGCGCUGGAGGAGCUGGCGCCGCUGUGCCCGUGCCGGGAUUGCCGGGGCCGCGGCGAGGAGCUGGCGGCCGCCGCCGCCGCCUUCUACGGGCUGCGGCUCGAGUGGGGCGCCGAGGGCCGGGGGGCCGGUGGCCACCCGGCGCCGCUGGCCCCCGGCGAGGGGCUCGACGGCACCGUGUGCCCCCGCUGCGGCCGGCCCGGCCCCUCCGAGCGCUCCGGCGAGCUCGGUGGCUACGAGGCCCUCGGCUUGGAGGCCCGCGAGGGCUACCGCAUCCCCGGGCGGCCGGACCCCCACGCACCCAGCGAGCGGCGGAGCCCAGGCGAGGGGGGCCCGUGGCGCGAGACCCCCGACAGCCCCAGCUCGCCGCAGGGGGCCGGCGGGUGCCCCGAGGUGCCGGAGCCCCCAGGCUGCGGGACCCCCGGCCCCCCGUCACCUGCAGAGGCGGCGGCGGGGGCCACCGCGUCCCCGACACCCGCCUUCCCCCUGGCCACGGCGUACUACGAGCCGCCGGCCCCGCGGCCCCCCCUGCCCGAGAAGCGGCACCUCUGCGAGCGCCCUUCGCCCCCCGAGCGCGGCCCCUUCGCCCCCGAGCUGGCGCCCGGCGGCUCCGGGGGGGGCCGGGGGCCACCCGAGCCCCGGCCGGAGGCGCCCGGGACCGUCAAGUUUGUGCAGGACACGUCCAAGUUCUGGUACAAACCCGGCCUCUCGCGGGACCAAGCUGUCGCCCUGCUCAAGGCCAAGGAGCCGGGCUCCUUCCUCAUCCGCGACAGCAAUUCCUUCCAGGGCGCCUACGGGCUGGCGCUCAAGGUGGCCGCGCCGCCCCCCAACUGCGUCACCCACAGCAAGGGAGACCCCCAGGAGCAGCUGGUCCGACACUUCCUCAUCGAGACGGGGCCGCGGGGCGUGAAGAUCAAGGGGUGCCAGAACGAGCCCCACUUCGGGAGCCUGCCUGCCCUGGUGCUGCAGCACUCCAUCACCCCCCUCUCCCUGCCCUGCGCCCUCCGCAUCCCCAGCAAAGACCCGCUGGAGGAGAGCCCGGAGGUGCCUGUGCCCCCCAACAUGAGCACAGCCGCCGAGCUGCUGCGCCAGGGCGCUGCCUGCAGCGUGCUGUACCUGAGCUCGGUGGAGAUGGAGUCGCUGACGGGGCCCCAGGCCGUGGCCAAGGCCGCAGGCGCCGUCCUGGCCUCCCGCCCGCGCCCGCCCGCCUGCACCGUCCACUUCAAGGUGGCCGCGCAGGGCAUCACCCUCACCGACAGCCAGCGCAAGCUCUUCUUCCGGCGGCACUACCCCGUCGGCAACGUCACCUACUGCAGCACGGACCCCGAGGACCGCAGGUGGGCGAACCCAGACGGCACCACGUCCAAGAUUUUCGGCUUCGUGGCCAAGAAGCCGGGCGGCCCGUGCGCGAACGCCUGCCACCUCUUCGCCGAGCUCGACCCCGAGCAGCCGGCCUCGGCCAUCGUCAGCUUCAUCACCAAGGUCAUGCUGGGCACCCACCGCAAGUGAGGGGGCCCUGGUGCCGCCCCCCACCCCUCGUCGUCCCCCCCCCGCCCCAGGCGACAGAGGCAGCGUGCAGAGGGACCACCAGGAAUUUGGGCGC